AUGGCGUCUGCACACUAUCCAUACAAUCCCCUUUUCCACCAGGUCAAAGGCAUGCGCUCUUUCCCCGGUUUUCCUCGCAAUGAGCAGUUCCACCCUGUUUUUGUCAAUGGUCCAGGUGGUGGGCUUUGCCCGAUGAGCCCGCGUUCAUUUCGCUGCUCUGCUCCAACAACUCCGCCAGCUGAACGGCGUGCCCGUGCUGCGCAAGGCAGGGCACACAGGGGCCAAAACGGCUUCCCUCCGGCCAGCAGUCCAGAGCAGUCAAAAUCGACUCGAACUCACGCGCAAUGCCCCCAUUGCUACUUGGCGCGUCAAGGGCGAGCACCCGUACCUGUGCCCGUGCCUCAGACGAAGAAGCAGCAGGGCAAGAAUGCCCGAAAGGCGCCCAAGCCUGCUGAGCUGCCGCACCAAUGCGAGAGCGCGCCGAAUUGGGGCACGAACGGACAGAUUCCCCGAGAUGCCCAUCAUUGCCCCCAUUCACCUCACUGCAUGCACAAGGUGGGGCUUGGCCCUCAAUACCAUCACCCGCAAACCGUGGGUCCAAGGGCUUGCUACUGCUCCUAUCUGCAUGUUGAACCCCCUCGGGCAUCGCCUCUACCUCCGAGCCCCAUCAGACACCGUACGCCUUCGCCUGGAGCCGAUGCCCGAGCUCGGUUCUUCUGCUUCCACUGCCACGCUCACGGACACAAUCACGGCCACGCUCACGUGGAUGACUCGUCCUCCGACACAGAGGCUACUGACGACACAGGCUCAGAAGGCUCAGCGGAUGCUGAUUCGGGAGACGAAAGGGUUCCAAAUGAGCUUCAACCUGGCCUAUUUGUUUGCGGCCCCUUUUGCCAUGGGCACCCUGCUGUUUUCACGAAGGGUUAG